GCAGCACAUAUAUCGCGACAACGCGUCGCUCACUUAACUGUCACCCAAUCUCUUACUCACGUUCAUCAAAAUGACAAAGCUGGUCAUCUGGGGCCGGCAUAAUUCGAACAAUGUCAAGAAGCCGCUGUGGGCGGCGCACGAGCUCGGCCUCCCCUUCGAGUCCAAGAUUGUGGGCAUGCAGUAUGGAGGCACCAAAACGCCCGAGUACCUCGCCAUGAACCCGAUGUCGCAGAUCCCGACGCUGCAAGACGGCGACCUCGUGCUGUGUGAGAGCCACGCCAUCGUGCGCUACCUCUUCGCGGAGUACGCGGACGCCGCGGCCUUCCCAACGCAGGCGUCGGCGCGUUCCCGCGCAAUCGGCGACCGCUGGAUGGAUUGGACGCAGUGCACGCUCGCGCCGGUGAUGAAGGGCGUGUUCUGGCCCGUUGUGCGGCAGACCGAGGCCGAGCGCGACUGGAACGCCAUCCGCGCCGCCAUGGCUCAGAUGGAGGCGCUGCUCAAGAUCGCCGAGGGGUGGCUCGAGAAGUACCCCUGGUUCUCGGGAGACAGCUUUGGCGCCGGGGACAUCCCUCUCGGGUGCUUCCUCUACGCAUGGUUUGAGAUGCCGAUUGAACGCGAGUCGCAUCCCAAGCUCGAGGCGUGGAUGGCCAAGCUUAAGGAGCGCCCGGCGUUCCAGAAGAGUGUGAUGGGACCGCUUACCUAGGUUGCAGGGGCAGGAUGGAAGCUGGGCGCUGUGCACCGGCUUCAGCAGUUUGCUCCCAGGUUCAGGUGGUUGUUGUGGUCGAUGCCGUUGUGAUGCAUCGCGAUGCGGAGGCGAAGGAGCGUACGGCCGGAUGCGGCACUGACGCCACAGCGAUUUACUGCACUACGUGCGCGGGAGGCCUACAGCGCCACUGCGCCGUCGCGCCGCGACACUCAGUCAGCUCUCCACAUGGGCACCAGUCAGCCUGGGUGUUCUACAAUGGGAUGUCGGAAACACCAACGGUCCCCAGCGCGAGCAGGGUUUACAU